CCUCACCGCCUCCGGUGGCUGUUUCUUCUCUGUUCCUUUCAUUUCUCGCCGAGAAUCAGAGCUCUAAACUCUCCGUCUCCAACAAUCUCCUGGAGUAUCUCCGGAAUCAAUCUAGACUUCUAUACGAAUUUAUUCUAUUUGAUUUUCUGGUGGUUGGAGGACUGUGUAUUGCGUUCGCCGACGGAAAUUGAGUCGGAACAACUGGCUACGUAGGGCGAGUUUCAUUUGGUUCGGUGGAGUGUGCGACAAGAUAUAGGCAUCAAGUUGCAGAAGGCUUUGAUUUUCUGAUAAGACAAUGGCCAGAUGGGACGAGAUUUUUUCUCUUCCAGUACAGAAUCCUUCAACCUUGGAAUUUUCUUCCGCUGAUCUUGUGUGGUCUAAGGUAGAAGGAUGGCGUGACAACGUGGAUAGAGUUGCAGUAAUCCCUUUUGCUAGAGUUGAUGAUUUUGUACGUGGCGAAUCUUCAAAUAAAGAAUGUCCAACCAGAUUUCAUGUUGAAGCAAGGCGACGACGAGCAUUGAAAGCACCUUUCAAACCGAAGGUUGAUGGUGUACUGGAAUACAUUAUGUAUUGGUGUUCGUUUGGUCCUGAUGACCACAGGAAGGGGGGAGUUGUACGACCCAGUAGAAAUACUUAUAUACCAAAGAAGAAAAAUGCUGGAAGGCCAAACACUAAAAGGGGUUGCACGUGCCACUUCAUUGUCAAACGUUUAAUUGCUGAACCAUCUAUUGCACUGAUCAUAUAUAAUGAGGACAAGCAUGUAGACAAGAAGGGAUUGCCAUGCCAUGGUCCUCAAGACAAGAAGGCUGAAGGUACUCGUGCUAUGUUUGCACCAUACAUCUCUGAAGAUCUUCGUUUACGUGUAUUGUCGCUUCUAUAUGUUGGCGUUUCUGUGGAGACCAUUAUGCAGAGACAUAAUGAAUCGGUGGAGAAACAGGGUGGUCCAUGCAACCGUGAUGACCUUUUAACUCAUAGAUAUGUAAGAAUACAAGAGAGAAGCAUCAGGCGUUCCACUCAUGAGCUUGAUGAAGAUGAUGCAGUAAGCAUUAACAUGUGGGUUGAGGGCCAUCGUAGUAAUGUUUUCUUUUAUGAAGAUUUUACUGAUACAGACACCUUUACUUUGGGAAUUCAAACAGAGUGGCAAUUACAACAAAUGAUACGAUUCGGUAAUCGUGGCCUUCUUGCUUCAGAUUCCAGGUUUGGAACAAACAAGUUGAAGUAUCCAGUUCAUAGUCUGGUAGUAUUCAAUUUAGACUACAACGCAAUUCCAGUAGCUUGGAUUAUAUCACCAAGAUUUUCCAGUGGAGAUGCCCAUAGGUGGAUGAGGGCUCUUCAUAGCAGAGUUCAAACCAAAGAUCCUACAUGGAAGUUGGCUGGCUUUGUUGUGGACGAUCCUCUUGCUGAUGUACCGACAAUCAGGGAGAUAUUUCAAUGUUCUGUUUUAUUAAGCUUUUGGCGGGUCCGUCAUGCAUGGCAUAAAAAUGUACUGAAGAAAUGUGUGGAAAUUGAGAAGCGAGCUGAGAUAUUAAGACAGCUUGGGCAAGCAGUGGAUAGAGUUUGCCGAGGUGAUGAAAAGGUGGAUUUAUUUGAACAGCUGAUUAAAGAUCAAGUUGAUGAUCCAGAUUUAAUUGACUACUUUAGGGCAACCUGGUGUCCUAGACUAGGGUUGUGGACUACUGCACUAAGAAACCUUCCACUCACCAGUCUGGAAACAUGUGCUGCAAUGGAGUUUUACCACAGCCAAUUGAAGUUACGAUUGCUAAAUGAAGAAGAUGUUGAUGUUUAUCAGCGCACGGACUGGUUGGUCUACAAGCUGGGUACAAAGGUACACUCUUACUUCUGGCUUGAUGAGUACUCGGAGAAGAAUAAUUUUUCACGGUAUUGGAAAGAUGAAUGGAUGAGUGGUUUGACAUAUUGGCGCAGAGCAUUGAGAAUUCCAGACUCUGAUGUUGUCGUUGAAGGAAAUAUCGCAAAAGUUACCGACCAAAUUACUCGAGACAGGAAAUUUGUUGUUUGGAAUCCUGGUUCGCAGUUCGGUCUUUGUGAUUGCAGAUGGGCAGAAAUGGGUAAUCUAUGUGAGCAUAUCUGCAAGGUUAUUAACAUAUGUCGUAAGAAAGGAACUACAAAACCAUCAAUCAGCUCAUUGCAGUACCAGAAGGCCUUGACCGACCUGCUGUGCUGUCCACCUCACGAUUCGUUAAUACGUGAUCAUGCUGUAUCGUUUGCAAUGUCUGUUCAGAAGCAGUUGAAUGCACUAAUCAGCAUGGGGAGCAACAACCAAGAGUCGAGGAGUCCUUUCCAGGAGCAUAAAACUGACACGGAAGUAUAUCUGAGGGAUAUUGUACUUAGAAACAAGUCUAAGUCGAACCAGAACAAGAGUGACCGUGCCUCGGUACAAGAAGCUGCUUCUAAUUAUAUUACCGAUAAUGCCAGUAGCUUGCUUAUUGAUUCAACUGUGUCUGGAAAGUAUGUGAAUGGCGAAACUGCUGGGGAGGACUGCCAUUGUACUGAGAUGGAUGUCGAUACAACGUCAAUCUCUAUAUCACCACGUCGACUAAAUUCCGUUGAAGAGGUUGUCGACGGUAAUUCCUUUGAACAAAGUACAAAUACAGUACAGAUUGAUAUGGUACCUUCCAGUUGAGCCCACUAUUGCUUCAUAGAAAACAAUGCCCCUUCUAUUCCACGAACAAAAAUGACAUUUGAUCAGUCCUUCUGAGAAGGAAAAUCAGAUGCCAAGGAAGUUUAAACCAAACCGUAUCAGAUAUGAACACUGGGAACUCUUCUGAGCUUAAGUAGGUUGUUCUGAGUCGAACGAACAUUGGUCCUAAAUUCUUCGGCACACCAUUCUUGCCACGGUUAACGAUCAAGCAGCUCACAAUUUAUUCUGCAUCUCGUCUUCAUGGCCACGGUAAGAUCUUACGAUAAUCCAUCGACGAUAGUUCGAUCCAAAUUGAUGAACUUUCAUUGGACAGAUAGAGGUGCAUGGGUUACUCAACUCUCUGGAUGUUCCUCACAUCAAUACUGAUUCUUUGUAAAUUGUACAGGGAGCCACCGGGAAAAGAAAUGAGAUGACAUGAGGUCGAGUUUAGGAGAGAUUUGGAACGGUUAAUUUGAUUCGUGUUAUGUUCGAUUUCAUCGAGGUAUAUCUUAAACUUGGAAGCAUUGCAAUUUUUACCUUAAACUUAAAUAAAUAUAGCGAUUUUGUA